AUGCCACAAGUUGGUUAUGGGCUCGGCUCGGGGGUGGCGGGAGGGCUAGUACGCGGGGGCGGUGAUGUAAACGGCGGCGACGGUGGUGGCGGGAGGGUGUCGCGGCGACAGGCGGCCUUGUCGGUGGUGCGGCAGAGCGAAGGUUUCAGGUCGCUGGAAGGCGUGUUGCUUGAACGGCGGCAAUAUCUCAAGGAGAUGGAAGCGCAGGACGAGCAGGAGCAGGAGACCCUGCGAAAGCUCCGGGGGUUCGUCCGGAGGAUGGACAGCCAGAUGCAACUUCUGCGGGAGCAGGCGGAGGCCGGUGUGGCGUCGCGCGGCGCUCCGGAAGACCCGGCGGCUUCCGAGUCGGUAUCGCUCGCGCAGCUGGACGAGUUAAAGACCAUGCGGGAGGGAGUCACCGUGCUUGCGGGGUCCACCAGCAACGCGGUCGAAGAGGGCGAGCAAUGGACCACCGGCGCGGCGCAAGAGCUCGAGGCACUCGUGUCCCGCUCCCCGUUGUCCCACCAGCACAUGUCCACGGAGGAGACAGAGGAGUCCGAGCUGGACGCCGACGAGACGUGGAAGGCGGACUUUGAAGCCCCCCUGGAAGAGGCGUUCCUCGACCUGGAGGGCGUCCUCGGAACUGUCAACUCGAUAAUGGACGUGGCAGCCGCGAAGCCCGGCGCUAUGGAGGGCGGCGCGUACGUCCGCCUGGUAGAGGACGCCGGGCUAUCUGCUGCUGCCGCUGCCGAUGCCGCCGCCGCUGCGGAUGGGGAUAGAAGCCUGCAGAUGAGGGUCGAGGCCAUCGUUGCCCAAGAGGUUGCGCUGAAGUGGGGAGAGGCUGAGGCCACGGGCGAAUACGGCGGAGGGGACGCUGUGUCUAAGGAGGCAGGGGUAUUGGCGACUGUAGAGGAAGCCGAGGAGUUCGUUGCCCGGGAAGUAGAGAUGUUCUCGUCGGGGGGCACGGGAAUGCCGGACUACGCUUCCCUUACCCUCGGAGCCAAAGUCGUGUACGGCCCUUUCCCCGUGGCGCCUGCCUACAGUGGUGAGGAACAGCAGGGCGACGGCAUGGUCGAAAAGAAGGGGUGGCUCACGUCCAAGACCCUGGCGAACACGGAGCUGGAGUGGCACGACUACCUGCUGCACAUGCUCAGGGUGCCCGGCCGGGUGUACGCCGAGGAUGGCGACGCCGCGCUGUCGGCCUCCAACUCCCUCGGCUCCUGCUUCGCGUUCAAAGGCGGGGAGGGGAGGCUGACCGUCGAGCUCGCUCGCCCGCUUCCGUCGCCGCCGGGAGAUGAAAAGCCCGCUGCGGGGGUGGCGGCGGCAGCCGGGUUCGUCAGGGUGACCCACGUGUCCAUCGAGCACGCGCGCGCCGCGUCCGCUCCGACGGCGGCGCAGAGCGCCCCCCGCGCCUUCAGGGUACUGGGCUGGGACGCCGACCCCGCCAGCGCGGCGACGAUCACGGCGUCUCUCGUCGGCGGCGGGGGCGACGGAGGGGGGGAGGCGCUGCUGCGGCCGCACGUGCUCCUGGCCGGCGCCGAGUACCAGGUCGGGGAAGGGGCUCCCGGGGUGCAGACGUUCGCAGUGGGGGAGGGGAGAGUGGAGGAGGCGGCGGCGGCGGUGCCCCCCGUUGGGUGGGUUACGCUUGAGGUGCAGAGCAACCACGGUGGGGCGUGGACCUGCCUCUACGGCUUCCGCGUGCACGGUGACCCGAUCCAUUGAGCCGGCGUUGAGGGUUGGGGGUGGGGGGUGGGGAGCGCUUUUCAAGGCUGGCGCGAUGCACGUCGGCUUGCUGUUUUGCGUGUAUCGGCGGAAAGUAUGGUCGGUUGUCUGUAUCGGUAGGAUGGGCUGGCGUAGGGGCCUGUUUUUUGUUGUGUAGGUCCUGGCGUGGCUCGCUGCUCACGUGGUGACAGCAAGCCUCAGGGAUUCGCUCAUGGGUUUGGGUGGGGGGAAUCACUAUUGCCGGCAUAGCAGCUACUAGAAGGGGCGCAGUGGGUGGUCGGAAGUGAUGCAGCUGUGGCUUAGUGUUUUGUCUUAUCCUAGAUGCUAUCGUUAGACUGUUCAUCUGGUCGUGAUUGGCCGCCGAGUGGUGGCGUGUGAGUGACCGUGUGGAAUGUUCGUUCUGGAUCCUCGAGGAGAGAAAGGAGACACGUGCAUUCCCCGGGGUUUCAGGAGCAGGGGAUGCGUUACGGGUUGUUUUGUUGGGUUGUCUUAGCGCGAGAGAAGAUCUUCGGCUUUUUACAUCUACUACGCGGCGCACGGCGGAACAUGCACGCAGGUCGGCGCGCUGCAUUGGUGAGAAGUGGUACAUGUCUAGCCGCAGCUUCCUGUGCGAUACCGUUGGUUGGUCUUUUGCGAGCGUAGCGGAAUCGAGGGCACACAUUUUUUUUUUCUUCGUAAGUUGACAUGCAUCCCUGGCGUUGUGUGUUUUAAAUGGGCAUCCUUAUAAACGACAAGGAAUGGUUGAUCUCGGUCGCGGUGAUUGUUGAGGCAAGGCUGUGUCUGGUCGUAACCCUCGAGGCGAAAGCGCACUCGGUUGACCACCGUCUCCUUAUUCACGCUUGGAAGUUGGCGUGAGUUCUUCGCACGACGAGGUUUGUCUCGUGGGAAGUGUCGAUGGCUUCAGCAAGGCAUAGCAUGGCCACUCGCUGCUGAUGUUGCUCGGGGAAAUCGCCAAUGCUGCUCGAGUAAAAUUGCAUGGCGGGGUGCAAACGUAACUAAAGGAGUCGUCCAUAUUGCGCUUUCCAUUAUAGCAGUAGACUCGACACAUGAGGGAACAUUUCUGGUUUGAUUGUGAUGUUGAUCGAGUGCCCCCUUCCUUGUGCUAACGGUCGGGCACGCCUGCUUGUGACGUGCAUGCGUUAGGCCACGCUUCCCUUGCGCGGGGCGCCGGUAAACCGGGUGCUGCUCGCAGCUUUCACGUGCAACAGCAGGCCAAGCAAGCUUUGGAAGCGGUGGAGCACUCACUCUCUUGGCGUGUAACGUGUCACGAACCGUACUCCUCUGUAGAUUGUAUUGACUUUCCAGACUUGCCCUCUGGCUGCGUACGCUGCGUGCUACACUCAGGCCAGGCACAAUAAUGUGUGAUGUUCAUCUUUUGUCCUCGUCUUGGUGCUGUGUCUCCUCUGUCAGGGGUCUCAUAGACACUGUAGUUGAUGUUCUGUUACCCUGUGGUGUCGGGAGUGAAUUUCCUUUUGGGAAAGUGACGGUUCAUGGUGGUGCACGUGCAGCCGCCGACUAGAGUUGGUUUCUGCCACGCUCGGAGCCCUGCAUGUGCAGAGUGGUCCCAUCGCGGAGCUUAUCACCACGUGUAGUGUACUUUCCCCCCCUUGACCGAGAAAGCACGAAAUCUUCAUCAUGUACAUGUAACUUGCGCAAACAAGAAGGCGAAAACCGCG